GGACUGGAGCACCUAGAGGUCGGAGGUUAGAGGUCACAGGUCAUACACUGGAGAACCUGGAAGGUCAGAGGGUAGAGGGUAGAGGUCACAGGUCAUACACUGGAGCACCUGGAAGGUCAGAGGGUAGAGGGUAGAGGUCACAGGACAUACACUGGAGCACCUGGAAGGUCAGAGGGUAGAGGUCACAGGACAUACAAGUCAUUAUCAAAACACAGUCUAUAGCUUCCACUGUCGUACACAGUCAAUAUCUCAGCAGGUUAAUCUCUUCUAAAAGCACCCAGCCACUUGUGUUAUGUGUGUUGCUGUAAGACAGUAACCAGGUGUACUAUAAGGCCAUGUUGCUAUGAGACAGUAACCAGGUGUACUAUAAGGCCAUGUUGCUAUGAGACAGUAACCAGGUGUACUAUAAGGCUAUGUUGCUAUGAGACAGUAACCAGGUGUACUAUAAGGCCAUGUUGCUAUGAGACAGUAACCAGGUGUACUAUAAGGCUAUGUUGCCAUGAGACAGUAACCAGGUGUACUAUAAGGCCAUGUUGCUAUGAGACAGUAACCAGGUGUACUAUAAGGCCAUGUUACCAUGAGACAGUAACCACGUGUACUAUAAGGCUAUGUUGCCAUGAGACAGUAACCAGGUGUACUAUAAGACUAUGUUGCUAUGAGACAGUAACCAGGUGUACUAUAAGGCUAUGUUGCCAUGAGACAGUAACCAGGUGUACUAUAAGACUAUGUUGCUGUAAGACAGUAACCAGGUGUACUAUAAGGCCAUGUUGCUAUGAGACAGUAACCAGGUGUAUUAUAAGACUAUGUUGCCAUGAGACAGUAACCAUGUGUACUAUAAGGCUAUGUUGCCAUGAGACAGUAACCAGGUGUACUAUAAGGCUAUGUUGCCAUGAGACAGUAACCAGGUGUACUAUAAGACUAUGUUGCUAUGAGACAGUAACCAGGUGUACUAUAAGGCCAUGUUGCUAUGAGACAGUAACCAGGUGUACUAUAAGACUAUGUUGCCAUGAGACAGUAACCAUGUGUACUAUAAGGAUAUGUUGCCAUGAGACAGUAACCAGGUGUACUAUAAGGCCAUGUUACCAUGAGACAGUAACCACGUGUACUAUAAGGCUAUAUUGCCAUGAGACAGUAACCAGGUGUACUAUAAGACUAUGUUGCUAUGAGACAGUAACCAGGUGUACUAUAAGGCUAUGUUGCCAUGAGACAGUAACCAGGUGUACUAUAAGGCUAUGUUGCCAUGAGACAGUAACCAGGUGUACUAUAAGGCUAUGUUGCCAUGAGACAGUAACCAGGUGUACUAUAAGGCUAUGUUGCUAUGAGACAGUAACCAGGUGUACUAUAAGGCUAUGUUGCCAUGAGACAGUAACCAGGUGUACUAUAAGGCUAUGUUGCUAUGAGACAGUAACCAGGUGUACUAUAAGGCUAUGUUGCUAUGCGACAGUAACCAGGUGUACUAUAAGGCCAUGUUACCAUGAUACAGUAACCAGGUGUACUAUAAGGAUAUGUUGCUAUGAGACAGUAACCAGGUGUACUAUAAGUCUAUGUUGCCAUGAGACAGUAACCAGGUGUACUAUAAGUCUAUGUUGCCAUGAGACAGUAACCAGGUGUACUAUAAGACUAUGUUGCUAUGAGACAGUAACCAGGUGUACUAUAAGGCUAUGUUGCUAUGAGACAGUAACCAGGUGUACUAUAAGGCUAUGUUGCUAUGAGACAGUAACCAGGUGUACUAUAAGGCUAUGUUGCUAUGAGACAGUAACCAAGUGUACUAUAAGGCUAUGUUGCCAUGAGACAGUAACCAAGUGUACUAUAAGGCUAUGUUGCCAUGAGACAGUAACCAGGUGUACUAUAAGGCCAUGUUGCUAUGAGACAGUAACCAGGUGUACUAUAAGACUAUGUUACCAUGAGACAGUAACCAGGUGUACUAUCAGGAUAUGUUGCCAUGAGACAGUAACCAGGUGUACUACAGUGAGGGAAAAAAGUAUUUGAUCCCCUGCUGAUUUUG